GACUCAAAUCGGAUGAGGGAAGUUUUGGAAUCCCGAAAUUCCUUGGCUAUCAACAAUCCUAACUACCAAGCAGUUCGCAUCCGAGACAGCAUCAAAACCCAUCUCACAGACCCAUAAGAUCCUUACCGCUCUUGGUAUCGACGGGUAGCAGAACACUUCCAGACCCAAUGGCGAUCUCAAAAAAUCGACCAAGCAAUACUAUUGUCCACCAUGCCGAUCAAUCUGCACGAGAAGGUGCUCCUAGCCAUGUCUGCCUUCUGGAAUGCGGAAAAUGGGACUUUUCUCUUACCGUCGGGCCCCUUUGGUCCGACCCUCAUGGAUGUGGCAAUGAUCGCGCAUCUCCCAGUCGUAGGUGAAGACCCUGUGAUGGGAGCCCUAGAUGGGCAGGAGCCACCAGAAGACCAUCCAGGAUGGUCUUUACAAGGCGUGAAGGAAUGGGGCUGGACAAAGUUCGCGACCGACCAGCAAGGGGCUCCAGGGACCCCCGUGACCGACCAGGAGCAUACUGCCUUUAUUCUUUUUUGGCUUUGUAGGUACGUCAUUGUUUCCCCUUCUAAAUGCGUUCUUUCUUCUCAUCUCGACCUGGCCAUUCAUAUCGCGUCAGGUAGGUUCUUUUCCCUUGGCACCCUGUUUUUAGCCAAUCUGUUUGAAGGACUCACCAGGGUUAGCCUUCGUUUAACAGAUAAUGAUAAUAGAAAAUUAGACACUGCCGCAUCGGGUCCUUUUUGGUUUUUAGAACUUUGGUCCCGUCUUUACUUCCCCAACGCGUUCAACUUAGGAUCUCCGCCCACUAUGCCAAUAUCCGAAAAACAUUUGGGAUUAGCCCUCAACCGACUCUGCUCAGGACGCAGUAAACUCCAAUCCUCCGAUCCAAUAAUAACCACAAUUUUGACAGAUACCCGCAGUAACUCGCGAUUUUCUAUGUAUAAAAAAUAUGCGGGUUAUGCUCCCGACCACUUUUGGCCCUUUCCGGUACCAAAUCCUCUUCCAACUCCUGAGCCUUGUCCUCAUCCCACCUAUCCUUUUGCCUGGGACGUUGCCCUCAAACCCAGGUCUCUUUUUAGCAGCAAAAAACUUGAUAAAAAAGGGCAAAAAACUUUUUGCACCUUUAAUUAUGAACCUCAAUUCAUGGCGCGCCAGUUCGGCUGUUGCCAAGGUAUCCCUGGACCCGUCGCUUGUCCUCAUAUAAUUUUUCAAAGUCCUGACCGACGAGUCCUACCUAAUUCAAUCCCUUCUUAUAUCUCCCAGCUCACCACGUAUAUAGUUUCCAAUUCUUAUAUUCCUUUCCGCUCCAACCCUGAGACUGUAGAUACAUUCAAUGAAUGGUGGUCGGUAGUAUGGCCCCUGAUUUCUCCUGAUGAGGAUCGGUUGCUGAACGUACUCCUUCCCACCCAAGGAUUGGUUCUAGGGGCGGCUAGACAUACUAGCACUCAGCAACAAACAGCCGCCCCGGGAAUCGGAUCUAGCGUUCCAAUGCGGAAAAGGAAAGCUUCCCAGCUGCAAACACCCCCGACCUCUGGGGCCGACCAGCAAGCUCCGGCGGACCUUGGAACUACUAGGACGUCAGCAAGGACCCGACCCCGAAUAGGUAAUUUUUCUGAAAACCGUGAACCAACUCACUAUAUCUUAACUUUGAUUUCACUUAUUUCAUUCACCAGAACCGACCUUGGUAACACCGACCACACAAACGACGCCAACCCCAGCCGACCAAUCAAUCAUACCUUUGGUCUAGACUCAGGCACUUCCUCGCCAAACCCCUACUCCACUUCUCACUUUGCCAAUGAGCAGCCGGGCGGAGGACCCGACAAGGAGGCAAACUUUUCCUCCUGCACCGAGGAGCGGUCGGGCCAGGCGCCCGACCAGGAGGCAAUCUUUACCAGCACUGCCUAUAGAACCAGUAAGUCCUCUCGUCAGCAAUACUCAAGAUUCUGAUGAUCAACCCUGGUAUAGUUAACAACAACAUUUCCCUAAUUUUUCACAGACACCUUCACUAAUCGCAUCAGCAGCAGGGGUCUCUCCAGACAGCGAGGGGACUACUUCCCAGAUGGGUCAACCGCCAUACAUGGCAUCAGACUCAUCUAUUUCGAAGGAAGAACCAGCUGCCCUUGCCGAAGCUGACCCUCAAGACGACAUCCCUGCUGCUGCUGAUCCCGAAAUAGUCCAAUCGGAUGCAGUUGCACUGGAAACCGAAAGUGCCUCGGCCGCGGCUAUCCCAGUUGCUCAUGAGAUACCGGCUGCAGUGGCUCUAGAUGCAGCUGCCCAACCUGCAGCCGCCCAGCCAGCAGCGGCGCUACCUCCAGCAAUCGAGUGGCAGGCAGAAGAACCACCUGUGGCAGCCCAACCUCCAGAAUUAGAAGAACUUUCUUCGUCCGAUUCGGAGACUUCUGUGAAUUUGGGACCCAGGUCGGCACCUCAGCGACCAUUCGCAGCAGCCGACGAGUCGGCUGCUAUUAUACCAGCUGUCCGCCCUACUCGACCGACCUCUUUGUUGCCCCCUUCACUGACAGCAGUUCGCCCAGAGGGGCCUUCGGACUUAGCUAUCCUAUCGACUGUUCCGGUUCCAGCGGAGGCCCAAACUAUAUUCACCGAGGCCAUUAACCAUCCCCUUUCAGAAUUAAGAUCCGACUUAUUGGACAAUCUCAUUCAGACGGUUGGUGGCCUUCUUUUUUACACUCCAACGGAAUCGCCAACCGUCCCCAUUCUGCAUCGGCUGAUGGAGAGACUUACGGAGCUCAAGACUGAAGUGUUAGUUAUUGGACUCCUGUCAGCCGAAACCCCCCAGCCUGUCGUCGAUCAAACAACACUGGAGAAUUCUUUGGCUAAGACCCGAGAAUCCCUUCAGCAAACUACUGGAAGGUUGGGCGGUCUCCUUAGCACGAAGGCUCAAGUUGAUGAAUCCAUUCAGAAAAAGGAGGCAGAAUUGCGGGAGCUAAGGAAGGAACAGUCUAUCCUGGAUAAUCAAAUUACCAAUGAACAGCGUCUGCUUGAGAAGUAUACAAAGAACGAGGCCGAAUUGGAUCAAGAGCUAAAAACCCAAGCUCGAUCCCAAUUCAUCAGAAGAUAUCAGAUGGCUGCUAAUACCAGAAGGCUAUCCAGGGAUGAAGUCAAAUGGACAAAUAUAAAAACUGCCCUAGGGGCACUUUUGUAAUACUUCCCCCUCUGUAACAACAUUUGACUUAGUAAU